AAACUGCGCAUGCUCAAUCAGCUAAUUCUGGUUAGCCACACUGCCGUUGCUAAACUUUGUGGGUAAAAAAAAAACAACGAGAGUAGUGAUUUAUCGCAGAGGAACGUGAAGGGGUUGCGCAUGUUAAAGUUUCGGAAUAUUGUUAGUUUUUGCGACGUUUUCAAACUAAGGAAAAAAAGAAGGAAAGUCCACUUCCGGAGUGUUAGCAUGACACCCGUUGGCCAGUGUUUAUUUUCGCUAGCCUGCUAGCUAGACGACACCGAGCUCGGGUUGUCUCUGCGACGAAACGGAACACUUCUCAGGCUUUCCACGCGACUCUUCUGUGCCUGGCGAUUUGAAGAGAACAACAACAACAGCAACAACAACAACAACAACAUGUCUCUUCGCCGUGAGAUCAAUUCCACAUCCGCUAAACGUUGCUAACGGCUAAAUAGCAUCGUUGACUUGUCCAGAAAACAACAACAACAACAAGGCGGAGAAGCAGCAGCAGCAGCAGCAGCAGCAGCAGCACAGGAUGGACAGAGACUUGUUGAAGCAGUGUCUCGCGUGUCACGGCGACUCCUUGUUCAACAAGCUGAGGUGUGAGCAGACGGAAAACCCCGACUUCCAGACGUUGGUGCCCGAGUUGUGCAAAGUGACGAGUGAAAGCACGGGUCUGGAGCACGGCGGCCCCCUGGUGGAACAGUUCAUCGCGAGGAAGGCGGACAUCCUGUUCUGUCCAACAUGGAAGACCACCACUCCUCAGGAGGAGGAGCACGAGGAAGAGGACGAGGAGGCUGCAGAGCCCUAUGCCCUCAUGCCGCCACUGGAGCUCUUCAUGGAGGUGUCGUAUGACGAGAGGAGGUCGAUGCUUUAUAGGGACUUGGAGAGAGGCGACAUGGUGGUGGGGAGGAUCAACAACAUAAGAGAAUACGGCUUCUUUCUCACUCUGCUGUGCAUGGCAGGAGGACUGAGGAGAGACAUAGAAGACCUGGAGUUAUCGGCUCUAUGUCACAUCAGAGAAAUUCCCUCCACUGGCAACCACGAUGACCCUCUGUCCUACUACCAGGUUGGGGACUUCAUCAGAGCCGGAGUGAAAGACAUUGACCGCUACCAGGAGAAAAUCACCGUUUCCCUCCAGCCAGCGUCUCUUUCUCCCAGCCUGGGCCACAUCAAACUGGGAGUCGUUACCAAGGAGGAGCUGCCCGUACACUACAGGCGUAGCGUUCGUGCGGCCAGCGACUGCAGCGAGACGUAUGAGUGUAUUCUGAUGAGUUGCCACGGCUACCACAACCCCUCUGUGGUGGACUACCUGCUGGAGAAGGUGCGAAUCAGUGACACCCACCCGCCGUCAAUGAUGAGAGGACUGCAGAGUAAACUUUUCCAGCCGGAGGAUUUUGCCUCUGCGAUCAGGAAGAAACAGUCUGCAUCCUGGGCCUUGAAGUGUGUGCGUGCAGGUGUGGACCACUUCAAACAUGGUCGUCAUGUGGAAGCCAUGAAUGAAUACAACAAGGCCUUGGACAUCGACACAAAUAAUGUAGAAGCACUGGUGGCACGUGGAGCUCUGUACGCUAACAAAGGCGGCAUCGUGAAGGCGAUAACUGACUUUGAACAGGCUCUGGAAAGCUGUCCAGAUCACCGCAACGCCAAGAAAUACCUCUGCCAGACACUGGUGGAGAGGGGAAAACAGCUUGAAGAACAGGAGAAACUAGUAACAGCGGAGGGAUUGUACAGGAGAGCUUUGUCCCUCGAUGACUCGAACCCCGAGGCACAAGAAGCCCUGCACAAGAUCACAGACACUAUACAGAAAUCGAUCCGCCUGCGAGAGGAGGCGCUGGCUAAGGAGCAGGCGAAACCCACGAGCAGCAAGACCAGCGCUGACAAAUUGCGUAAGAUCUUAAAAGAGGAGAAGAGAAUGAAGAAAAAACGGAAAAGGUCAGCGUCUUCCUCGUCGUCGUUAUCCUCCACCUCUUCCAGGAACUCGUCUGCGUCUUCGUCCACCUCGUCCUCUCGACGGAGGUCCAAAAAGAAGAAGAAGAAGCAGCGCAGGAGGUCCGAGCGCGGAAGUAAACGCCAUCGCAGGGUUUCCUCAAGCAGGAGGAGCGAGGAGGGUAAGAGCGAGAAAGAUGGGAGGAAGGGGCAGGAUGAGGACGAGGUGGAGUGGUAUCCCGCACCUCCCAACACCUCUGCCACCUUUCUCAACCAGAGGGGAGGCCCGGGGUUUGGAGAGCAGGAGGAGGAGGAGGAGGUAGAGGAGAAGAUUGCCGAAGAAAGGAUCUGUCAGCUUUAUUCUUUGUCGGGUGCCUCGGAUAACGAAGGGUCUGACCCGCGUAGAGAAGGGAAGAGAAGGGACAGCAAGGAGAGCAGGACGAGGGGAAGCAAAGACAGUCUGAGCAGAAGCCCGGAAAGGGAGGAUAGGAGGAGCAGGAGCAGAGAAGGGGGCGACAAAAACGGGGAAAGGGGGAGGGAAGAUAACAGGAGAAACAGUGACGCCAAGAGGGGAAGUAGCUUAGACGAGAACAGGAAGCGGAAAGUGUCCUGCUCGUCGGCCGACUCUGAGCAUUCACGAAAGAUGAGUUGCCCCGGUUCUGCUUCCAAACACCUGGAGAACAGGUCAAAGAGGAACUCGGUCGACGGUGGUAGGUAUGAGCACAGAGGGAGGGAGGACAUUGUUGAGGUAGUAGACGUGAAAAGAGAGAACCAGGGGAGCGUGGAGGAGGACUGCGGCAGGGCAGACGCAGGUCUCGGUAGAAGGUCGGAAAGUGCAGGAAACCACAAAGAACCGACCGGCGCGACCUCGGCGCCGGGGUCGAAGAAACACCUUCCCGCCAACCUGCUCAAUAUUUUCACUCAGAUUGCCCAGUUUGAGAAGGGGAAAGGAGUCGGGCCCAGAAAGUAACUCCGAAAACAAAAGGCCGGAAUUUGCCAAAUGCAAGUGUUUUGGAAAAGAGACUUUGAAAUUGAUGUUUGUACCAUUAAUUCACUCUGUGACCUGUGCAGCAAUAUAACCACAAUGGAGAAACAGCCAAGUGCGUCGCUGAUUGAAUGUCUUAAGUUACUUUGACUCAUUUUAUUUUGGAAAUGUCAAAUUCUUUGUGGCGGAUUCAAGGCCUGUUGUCUGCUGUAAUAUUUGCUGGAUAAUCACUGGUCAAAAAAAUCUGAAUAGAAUGAAUCUAUGAAUAAAAUUAUGAAAAAACCCA